UCUGGGCACCAUUGUUUCCGCUGAGAAGCUUAUUUACAUUCCGCUCGCAACUUGGGGCUUAGUUCUUUCUCACGGAAAACGCCUCAUUUCCGAUUUGUCCUUAGUCGCAGUCGUGGUUCAACUAUUCGUGGUAGAAUAAAAACCGGAAAUGCAGCAGUCUAGCACAUUGUUCAAUUCCGUUUUAAAGGGAAUCUUCUUUAUCCACUUGGUUUUCACAUCCUGGGGGCUGCAGUCAGAUUGGGCACCAACAUCUUACUUUUUUUAUAAUCUUCUCUUCAUGAUGGUUCUCCUAUGGGGAUUGCAUCAACAAGAAUCUGAACAACCAAUUGUUAUAGCUUUCUACUUUGACAUCGUUUGUUUCGUCUUGGAUAUUGUCAAUGUCGGCGUUUUUUUCCCUUCACGAUCAGGAUCAACGUCUAGACGUUUCAGUGCUGGAAUGGCUAUCGUCAAUAUGCUGCUACGUCCUGUAACCGCUUUUUUCCUGUACAAGAUUCUGGGUGAAAGGAAUGCUCUCUAUGGUGGAUCUGUGUAUCAAGAAAGCCAUCUGGCAGAUGUAUUCGGUCAACCGAACAUUCGUCAAGGACGGUAUCAAGAUAUAGGUCAGGUUGCAGCCCCAUCACAAGAGAUUCGUCCAGCUGCUCCGUCUUCAGACAACCUAAACACCGUACCGAAAGUCUGAUUGCUUCAAAAAUUUAUUCGUUCAAAAAGGGUUAACAGUAUUCUUUUGCCAUCUUCUCACGUAACACUUUUUCGGGAUACCGUAAUUUAGUUCAUCUGUGCUUGUCAUUUCACAGUGUCUAGUCAUAACUGUAGCAGUUGCCCAUCCCAGUAUUACCACUCACUUGAGUAUCUCGGGCUUCAUCACGUUUUCUCUCCAUUCAAGACUAUAGACCUUUUUAAGAUUGCUCGGUGUAAGCACAGCGAAAAGUGUGCGGCUAGUCGACUAGUGCGCACCAUGGCGGGGAUAGCCGUAACUAGCGCA